AGUACCAAUUUCAAGAUGACUUCUUACAAGAAACAAAUGCUUUUUUGUAUUCUACUGCUUUUAGGUACUGUAGCAGCGGAUGGACGAAGACUUGAGCAUCGCCGUUAUCAGCAGCAUCGCAACCGUAGACACCGCACACCUCUAUUGCGGCAAGUGGAUACUGGAACGAUUACUGGUACAGCAGAAGAUGACGAUAGUGGCACCGGUACUGACGCUGGUAUGGAUACCGUUACUGGCACGGCAACUGAAGCUGAUGAAGAAUCAAAUUCUGAGUUUAACAGAAAAUCAACCGAAACACUGAUUGUUCUUAAACCAGCACAUUCGGGUGAUAGUUCGCGCAUGUUUAGGGGCUUAUUUUUGCAAGGGCUCUUCGGCGGUACCGGUGGACUCGCUGGUCUGCUUGGUAACGGUGGAAAUAAUGGAAGUGGUUUUAGUAAUGUUCCCUACAUAAUUGUCAAUGUCCCGAGCAAUAUAACAAAUAUCAAUCAGAACAGUUUGAACAACACAGUAGGAGGCACAACCACAACCACCACAACUACAGCCGCACCAGCUAGUCGUCGUCAAGUCAUCUAUCAAUCUAUACCCUUCCCAGAUACCACACAAUAUGAGCAAUACGAGCAACGCCGCAGUAGACCCGAAAAUCAAGCCACUCCACAGAAUUUCAUACUCAGUCCAAGUAAUCGGUUGGUUCCUGUCUAUUUGCCGCCUGAAGUACAAGCCUUAAUGCAAAGUAGUUUCGUCCCCAACGGCGUUAAGCAACCAAAACGUAAACAAGUGAAGAAGAAGCCUAACAAGUAUCAAAACAACGUAAAUCGAUUUUCCGCUUUCGCCAAUAAUUUUAGGCGUAUAGAGUUUCUGUAAGUUUUGAGAGUUUAAUAAAAUAUUGCAGGAUUGUUCAAAAUUAUGA